AGAAAAAACAUACUUGUCAAAUGUGUCAAAAUUUUGUGGUUAUUUUGGCCGAAAAAUUAAAAGCAGAGAAUAGAUUUCUUAAACUUUAGCUGCAAUACAAAGAAAUAUUAAUUAUUCUCUUUAGUGUAAUUGCUAAAACAUGUCCACUCGCUGGUAUCCAAUAUAUCAACGAGGUAACCCGCAGCUUCGGGUGUUCCUGCCCAACUUUUGGAUGAAGUUGGUUCGCCCAUUGCCAAAGCAAAUGCCUAAUAUCGUUAACUUCCAAUGUUCAAUGGAAAUGACCAAGUAUGAUAUCAAAAACUACUUGGAAAAGAUAUACAAUGUUCCAGUGAUAGACGUAAGAACAAAAAUCACUAUGGGAAAGUUCAAGAGAGAUAUUGGACGAGGAUAUGUAACUAAAGAUGAUGAUAUCAAAUAUGCCUAUGUUGUACUGCCAAAAGGGCAGACUUUUCAAUAUCCAGAUUUGUUUGAAAAGAGCAAAGAAGAUGAAGAAGAAAACAUGAAAUCUUUAGAUGAAGCGAAGAAGAGUUUCAAAAAAUACAUAGAACGUAACAAAAACAGAUCAGAUGUUCCUAGCUGGUUUUCAAUAUAAAUAUUAGUAAAUAGACAAUGUUGUUCAUAGUUUUAGAUAAAUAUUAAAUUGUACAAACUUA